AUGUUCAACCCAUGCGAUUCUUGGGAUAGGGUUGCCGAGAUUCCAGAGCCUGGGGUCGGCGUGGCGGCCUUCUUCAACUCGAGCGGCGCGCGGGAGCUGGCGGCGGGCAGGUUUGUCCGCAGGCGGCCAGGCAGGCAGCUGCGCAUUCCCAAGCUUCUGCACCAUGUGUACCUCCCAGACGAGCACGCGUUUGCCGAGGCGGCAAAGGCGGGCAAGCUGCGGGCGGAGUGGCCGCUGAGCUGCCGGCUGAUGCACCCCGACUUUGAGCACAUGCUCUGGGACAUGAGGGCGGCAAAAACCUUAAUCAAGCGGCACUACCCCGAGCUGCUGCCCGCGUUCCUAGGGUACAACGAGGUGACGCGCCAGUCGGGCGCCAUCCGCGCCGCCAUCCUGCACCGCUUCGGCGGCCUGUACCUGGACAUCGACGUCUCCUGCCUGCGCCCCUCCACCGACAUGCUGGCGGGGGCCGACGUGGUGCUGCAGGGCGCCGCCACCAGCCAGCCGGUGAGCAACGGCGCGAUGGCCAGCGUGGCGGGGCACCGCCUGUGGGCCCAGGCGAUGGAGCUGAUGGUGGAGCGUUUCCUCACAGACCCCAAGAUGCCCAUCUCCAACCUCACCGGCCCCGGCCUGCUGCAGUCAGCUCUCGAGGAGAUGGGCAUCGCGCCCAUAGCAAAGCCUGGCAAGGCGGCGCGCCCGCUGUCGGGGCUGCACAAGAAGGACGGCGGCCUGGUGAGGAUUCACCCGCACGGCACCUUCUUCUCGCCGUGCGGGUGGAGCGCUGAGGGGUGCCAUCGCAAGCUGGCGCUGCAGCUGGCGGUGGGGACCAUCCCCCCUAACCUGGUUGGGUAUCACCGAUACCUGGCCAGCUGGCUGCCUGGAGGCAACCCCGCGGGCAUCUUCAGCCAAGAGGAUGCCGCCAAAAAGAUGGCAGCCGGCACCAGCAAGACUGGGGCCGCUACCGCAGCAGCCAAUGCGCCAGCUAGCAGCAGCAGCAGCAGCAACAGCAGCAGCAGCAGCGGCAGCAGCAACUGA